UCAUGCGCGAGCGACAAAUCAGCGAGCAGGAUCUCUGCAGGAAGCUCUGCCGCUUUUUCACCCGCGGGCGAGAAGCUUCCUGAGCCAGAGAAGCCUCACACAGCCUCACCGAGCAGACGUGGAAAUAUCCUCCGAACCCUGCAGCAGCGAUGGUUUGCGGCGGAUUCGUUUGCACCAAGAACGCGCUCUGCGCCCUCAAUAUUCUCUAUGUUUUGGUGAGUCUGCUGCUGAUCGGGGUGGCAGCCUGGGGGAAGUGGUUCGGCCUGGUCUCCAGCAUCAGGGUGGUGGCGGGAGUCAUCGGCGUGGGCACGCUCCUCUUCCUGGUGGCCUUUGUGGGGCUGUGCGGCGCCGUUAAGCACCACCAGGUCCUGCUUUUCUUCUACAUGAUAAUCCUGUUCAUAGCUUUUGUCGUGCAGUUUUCUGUGUCCUGUGCUUGUCUGGCCCUGAACAAAGACCAACAGAACCGCCUGCUUGAGGUUGGAUGGAACAAAUCCGAGGCCACUCAAAAGGACAUAGAGAAAACACUCAACUGUUGCGGCUUCUCUUACGUUAACUACAACGGCUCAUGUGCUGCUAGAUGCUUUUACAACUCUCCUCCGUCUUGUGACACAUGCUCAAGUAUCAUCCAGCGGUAUGCAGGAGAGGUGCUGCAGUUUGUCGGUGGCAUCGGACUCUUCUUCAGCUUUACAGAGAUCUUUGGAGUUUGGCUCGCCCACAGAUACAGAAAUAUCAGAGAUCCUCGAUCAAAUCCUGGAGCCUUUCUAUAACCACUCACGAUUUAAUAAACCAAACAAACAAAUGAAAAGUUUUUCCUCUUAACUUUUUGUGAGAUUUAAAGUAAGACUAGAAGUGUUGCUGAGUAAUUACAACUGUAGCCAUAGCAACCAUUACAGAACAAUCAUGGUAAAAUGUAGUUUAACAGUAACACAAGUAGAGAAAAGUCAUAAAGAGUCCUAAAGUCAGCAGACUGACUCGAUAAUGUCAGUGACGCAACUUCCAUCUAAAGUUUGCUAACAGCUAACAUUAGCUAACAUUAGCUAAGGUUAGCUAACACUGCUUAUACCUGAUCAAGCUGUAUCUACUAUUUGCUGCUUGAUGACUUUCAUUGAAGCAGUUUUUGCUGCUGUGAACAUUAAAUGUGCUCCUUUUAAAAGUAAAAUGUGACAUUUAGAGAAAUGAACGUAUUCAUGUUCUUACUGAGAGUCAGACGAGAAGAUUGAUACCACUGUCGAGUCUGUAUGGUAAAUCUGAAGUUACAGCUAGCAGCCAGUUAGCGUAGUUGAGCAUAAAAAGCUGGAAGCAGGUCCCCCUGCUAGCCUGGCUCUGUCCCUAGGUAACAAAAUCUACAUACCAGCAACUCUAAAGCUGACUGAUUAACAUCUUAUAUCUUGUUUGUUUGAUUUGGACAAAAACAAAAAUGUAAAAAUAAUGAUUUUUGACUGGUUUUUGGUUUUACGGGGUGCUUAUGUGCCAGAUGUUGUGACUUCCUAACUACAACAAUUAAAAAACAUAACAUAUGUUGUUUAGUGGAUUUUGUGCUGUUUCCCCCUGCUUCCAGGCUUAAUGCUAAGCUAAAUGGCUGCUGGUGGUAGUUUCAUAUUUACCAUACAGACAUGAGUGGUAUCAGACUUCUCAUCCAACUCUCAGCAAGAAAAUGAAUAAGCUUAUUUCCCUGGAUGUGAAACUAUUCCUUUAAGUGAAACCUGACACAGCGACGUAUCGGCUCUUUACUUCUAAUCUGUCUCUAAGUGACAGAGGUCAGCAGCAGCUGUGUGUGCUCACCAUGCACACACACCCUAUGCAAAUAAAGUGCAGGUUAGCACCAUGAUGGCUGGAUGACUGCUCACCACUCCCAGACUAUUCAUGUGUGACCACACACAGUGGUGCAUUUUUACAGACAGUAGAUUUAGGUGUCGGAUUUCCUGGAAAAGAUCAAAUUAAAGUAAAACCAGUUGCACCUUGAAAGACGUGCUCUUAUUAAACCAGGUUCUUCUUUUUCGGUGUGCAUUUACUGCUCAUUUUUAUGUUAAAACUAAAUCCUGCUUGAUCAUAUUCUCUGUCUUACAACUUUAGUCAUUUUCCGUUAUUGUCCAAAAUAUACAUGCAGAGUUGCAGUACAUGUACAUAAACUGUUGUAAUUCUGCUAUCAGGUUCUGACAGCGAGGUAUGUUUUCACUAACUUGGUGCCGCAGGACUCGCUCACAUUCCUCAGCCCGAACAGGAUGCAGACCAGGAACUGUUCUUGCUGUUUAGAUUUCUUUGAAUGAGCCAACAGGCUCGUCAGGCGGCCGUCUAACCUGCUCACCAAGGUGACUGUGAACUCAAUUUGCUCUCCUAUUGUACUUCCAGCUUGUAAAAUAAUAAUUGUGUGCACUCCAUGUAAUUAAUUGCAUUCAUUCUUGAAAGACAAGGAUUGGAUUGUUUUAGUUGCUCCUGAGUGUCUGGUCAUGGAGGGGUUAAAAUAAAAUACAUAUAAAG